CACACUGCUCCACAAGAGCAGACAAGGAACAUGUUACCAGUCUGUGGUGCUGUAAUUUUUGAGACAGGAUCUAUGUAGCCGAGGUUAGCCUUGAGUUUGUAGCAAAGCCUCCUGCCUCAGUCCUGAGUGCUGAGAUUACAGGUGUGCAGCACCGUGUUUGGACUUUUCGUUCAUUUGUUUGUUUGUUUUUUUCCGAGUAAGAUUUCAGUGUUUAGUCGAGGUUGGCUUUGAACUUGUACAGUGAUCCUGUCUUAGUCUUCCACUGCUGGGCUUACAUGAGUGCUCCACUCGACAGCCGAUACCUGAUUUUUGCUGGAUUUGUUGUAGAUUUGGUUUCUUUGAUUUUAUUAUUUUUCAGUUUUUGUUAAGGUUUUACUUUUGAGACAGUAAAACCGUACCUUGAUCUCAGAGAGAUCCAGUUGCCUCUGCCUCCUAAGUGCUGGGAUUAAAGGCCUGCGCCACAGGCCCAGCUCUGCCCUAUGUUUUUAAUCUUGAGUUCUUAGAGGUUUGCCACUCUAUCUAGUCAUUUGUUGUGUUUGUGUGGGUGUGUAGGGGUAACACACUUGUGUCAUGGCAGGUAUAUAGCCAUCAGAGGACAAGUUAGAGGAGCUGUCUAUGUUCCUUGAGAUCCAGAGAUGGGGCCAGGUUGUCAGCAAGCACCUUCUGCUAAGCCAAUCAUUUUUAAGUGGUCACUGGGUGGUGGUCUUGACCAAGCCAAGUGAACCAAAAUCAUAGCUCUGCUAUCACAGUUUCUCUUUGAACAGAGAAAACAGAAGUUUUCUCUUUGAAAAUGAAUUAUGGCUAAUUAUGAACAAUAAAUCAAUACAAGUAAAAACGAACAAAACCAAAACAACCAUUUGGCAGAGUCAACCAUGUUUUAGCUUCUAGUUAGGCUGCCUGGCUUCUUGGUCAGUUUAUGCCAUUUGUGUUUAGGACAGUCUCAGGGACAGCUUCUGAUUUCCACUCACUGUUGGGAUUUGGGGUGGGGUGUCACUCCAUAGGCCUGGGAGAACGUGUCCUAGUGUUUUGACUGGCUUUGCAGGGUCAGCGGAUCUGGGUGUCUGUCUGCACAUGUCCUCCAGUGGUCUGGACCUGCCCAUGAAGGUGGUGGACAUGUUUGGGUGCCACUUGCCUGUGUGUGCCGUGAACUUCAAUUGUCUGCAUGAGCUUGUAAGACAUGGAGAGAACGGUCUGGUCUUCAAGGAUGCCGAGGAGCUGGCAGCUCAGCUGCAGAUGCUUUUCUCAAACUUUCCUGACCCUGCUGGAAAGCUAAGCCAGUUCCGGAAGAAACUGCAGGAGUCAGAGCAGCCACGCUGGGAUGAGAGCUGGCAGCAGACUGUGCUCCCUUUGGUCACUCACAAGUGACCUCCAGGCCAGAGGGUAGGGCCCCA